AUGAAGUCUCAAUUAGUUCCUUUGCAAGCACUGUCCCGAGGCCUCCCUCGCAUGAUCGCUCUUAUUUUUUCCUGUCUUAUAGCUACUGUCGUUUCACAGCAGCAGAAAAGGACGGUGACUGUUGGAAUUGCUGCUGUAGAGGAUGUCUCACCGAGUUUCAUGGCUUUCUCACGAAGUGGUGGUGCUAUCGGUUUAGCUCUUGACCGUAUGCAUGCCGAAGGCAUCACGAGCGGGAUUGAUUUCAGGUUCAUGGUGAACUACACCGAAUGCAGUUCCGAGGUAGCUGUUGGAGUAGCCUUGGACUACAUGGUGAAGCAGAAUGUCGACCUUGUCAUUGGACCUCCUUGCCCACAUUGUUAG